CGAGCGCCGACAGAGACACCGGGAGCGCGCGAGGGGGAGGAGGAGAAGUUAGAGGAGAAGUUAGAGAAGAAGAAGAGGAAGAAGAAGAGGAAGAAGAGGUGACGAGGAGGAGGUGAAGACCGCAGCGACGCGUGUGUCUCUGAUGAAGGAGACAGGAGAGGAAACAUCGGAGCUCCUUUCCUACGCACGUAGACAGUCUGAACAUCAUCAUGGAGCUGAGGAAACACUUCAGGUCACGUCAAGAUCUGGGAAACUUCCUGAGCACAUCUGACAAUUGGACCUCAGGCCAGGUUUGUGAGCAGACGGGGAUCGACCAAUCACGUGCCUGCUCUGUGACCUCACCGGUUUGACCUGCGUGACAUUGAUCAGACCAUUGAUCUGUACGUCUGUGACCCGGGAUCCAAACAACUCCCGUCACUGCCGCCAGAAUAUAUCGAUAUCUUGUUAUUGAUCCGUAACUGGAUUAUCGCUCGCACCUGAACCAGACAGAAGCAGUCGAUACUCGCUGGAGGAUUAUUAGUGGAACUAAACAAGUGUUUAGCUGAUUCUUUUUCAGGUGUCAGCAAAAGCUUUUGAUUGACUGAAGAACAUCUAAUUGAUCAAGUGAUCACUGGAUUUGCUUAAAAGAAAAAGAACCCAGCAGUUGGAUCAAUGGCGGCGUCGGAACUGAUCCAGGACAGUGGCGACGUUCGCCCUCACGUCGAGGCCGACGUGACCACGACGAGUCCUCCUCCUCAUCCCCCGACGCCUCCUCGUCCCCCGAGGGUCGCCAACGGCCUCCCGGCACAUCACGCCUCCUCCCCGCCGCCGCCCGCCGCCGGCAAAGACGAGCAAGAGCGCCGCACACUGAGCAGCCGCUUCCAGCAGAACCAGCUGGUCCACUCCCUGAGCAGCCGACUGAGGCGACAGUGCGACUACGUCAAGAUCACCGUGCCCGAGGAGCGCGCCAACCGCCUGCCGACCGAGUGGUGGAAGACGGCCGUGGCGUUCCUCUACGCCCUCUUCAUCCUCGUCUUCACCACCGUCAUCAUCACUGUCGUCCACGAGAGGGUGCCAGACAAGUCGGUGAGCCCGCCGCUGCCCGACAAGUUCUUUGACUACGUGGACCGCGUGCCCUGGGCCUUCACCAUCACCGAGGUCAACGGGCUGAUCCUGGUCGGACUCUGGCUCAUCCAGUGGAUCUUCCUCAAGCACAAAGCGAUCGUGGGGCGUCGCUGUUUCUUCCUCAUUGGGACUCUCUACAUGUAUCGCUGCAUCACCAUGUACAUCACCACCCUGCCCGUACCUGGAAAACACAUGGUGUGCGCUCCGAAGCUGUACAACGACUCCACGGGGAAGAUCUGGAGGAUUUUGAGACUGAUCUCAGGAGGAGGUUUGUCGAUAACGGGCUCUCACCUGAUGUGUGGAGACUUUCUGUACAGCGGCCACACCGUCAUGUUGACUCUGGCCUACCUCUUCAUCAAAGAGUACUCCCCCCGGUGGAUGUGGUGGUAUCACGGCUUCUGCUGGCUGCUGUGCGCCUCGGGGGUCAUCUGCAUCCUGAUUGGCCACGAGCACUACAGCAUCGACGUGGUGAUCGGAUACUUCGUCACCACCAGGGUCUUCUGGUGGUACCACACCAUGGCCAAUAUGCAUGCGCAGGGUCAGACUCCAGACGACUUCCUGUCGAGGACGUGGUGGAACCCCAUCUUCAACUUUCUGGAGAAGAACGUCCAGACGCCGGUUCCCCUCGUGUUCUGUUUGCCCGUGGCCCUGCCGUCGUCCUGCAGACAGAGAUACAGGAUGGUGGAGGCGGGGAGGGACGAGUGAGGCCUGGGGGGGGGGGGCUCCUGUACAGACUGACAGAUGAAGAGUUAAUUUAUUAGAAGCAGGAUUUCCACCUCUCUCCUGAAAGACUGAGGAAGAGGAUGAGGAGGAGGAGGUGCUGCUACGUUUACAGUAUCACAAUCAACCUGCUAUUCAUUCAUCUGCACUAUUUAUUCAAGAACAUCAAAGUUCAUCUUCCUACUUUAAAACCUUUGAAAAUGAAAACACUCGAUGACUUUGACUGACGCGAGGUUUAAAAACUCUCCGACAUUUCCAGAAGUGCCGUAACCUAAAAAUAAAUAAAUAAACGGGCUAGCUGUUCACCAAUCGGGGUUAAUUGGGUUAAUUAGCCACACGCUAGCUGAUUAUGCUAAACAAUUCUUUUGUCUGCCAAGCUAACCAUAGAUUCAUGACCAAAGCUAAGUUGCUAAUGCUAAAAUUGUUAGCGCUACGUAACCUUCCCACGGUUAACAUCCCCUGGCUGUUUGUCGAGUGAAAGCUUGUGUAGUUAGCCACAUGGUAGCUGCUAGCUCAUUGUUCUUCCCAGAGCUAGCUCAAUUUGGCUUUUCAUCAUCGUGACAUGGAAUUUGUUACAAUUAGACAUAUGCAAAAAUUCUAGGCUAUCGCGUUUCUCGUCAAAGAAAAACGUCAGUUAUUUAUGACUGUUUGGUUUAUAAGAUAUCUUUCCAAAGCUCACAUCAUUUUCUGUCAUUAAGUUUCUGUCAUUGUGAGCUUGAAAAGCACGGGGGACUAAAUUAAUAGUAGUUGGCCAUAAAGUAGCUCGUUACGCUAAGGAGAUAAGCUAACCACAUGGUCAGGACCAAAGCUAAAGCUGUUAGCCACUUAGCGUCCCUUGUUCAGUAGCCACAUGCUGGCUCAUUAUGCCAAACAAUAUUCAUUUCUAUAGUAAGUAAAGUUUUGGCGUACAACGAUUAAUGUGCCACCUUGGAAACUGAGAUAUUUUAAAAAACAUUCCUGCUGUUUUGGUUCAUAAACUAGCUAGAGAUUCAAGUGCAAAGCUAACAAAGCUGCCAGCUCUUCACUGAAGUGUAACCAAGUGUGUUUUGUUAAAUAUAUGUAAAUAUGUUUUUUUCUGUACAUGGUCAAAGUUAUUUUUAAGUUAUAUUUUCCAGGAAAAAUUUGUAAAUUUGGUAUUUUGUACUGUAAAAAAUCAAUCUUCAAAAGAGCCCAAAACGGUCAACUCUCGAUAAAAUGCUGCGGACUUCAACUCAGUUCUGUGAAGGUUGUUGUUGUUUAAAGCUCCAGUGUUCAUUUUAGAAAACACUCACAUCCGUGUGACCAGAUGUUCGAUAAUAAAAGCAUAUCUUCAGCAAACAGCCGGUUCUGAUGCAACAGACAGAAACGGUGCAGUUCAUCAGACUGUACAAGUACUUACUUGAUGUGACAGAUACAGUGAGCACACGUACAAAUAUUGAUUUAUUUUAUUUAUUUAUUGAGCAACAAUCCUUUUUUUGUUUUGUCAUAAGUAUUUUGGACUUUAGGAUUAAAUAUGAAUAAAAUUCCUGCUGAUUGAUUCAAGGCCUGUACUGACAUCUGAUGGACCGUCUUUGUUGGACCUGCAUGACUGUAAAAAAUUAUUAAAAAGUCUUAACGUG